AUGCCAUUUGGGGGCUGCUGGCGGGCCCUACUCUACGAGGAAGCUCUCUACACCAUCCUGCACCGCCUGGGUCAGCCCGAGCCCAACCAUGUGAAGGAGGCCUCAGAGCUGCUUCGAUACCUGCAGGAGGCCUUCCACAUGGGGCCCGAGGAACACCAGCAGCUGCUGCAGAAGGUCCAGAAGCUUGAGAAGCCAAUAUUUUGUCUGAAGGCAACGGUGAAACAAGCCAAGGGCAUUCUGGGCAAAGACGUCAGUGGAUUCAGUGACCCCUACUGCCUGCUGGGCAUUGAGCAGGGGGUAGGCGCGCCGGGAGGCAGCCCUGGGUCCCGGCAUCGGCAGAAGGCUGUGGUGAGGCACACCAUCCCGGAGGAGCAGACCCACCGCACCCAGGUCAUCACCCAGACCCUCAACCCUGUCUGGGAGGAGACCUUCAUCCUGGAGUUUGAGGACAUAAGCAACUCAAGCUUCCAUCUGGACAUGUGGGACCUGGAUACCGUGGAGUCUGUCAGACAGAAGCUCGGGGAACUCACCGAUCUGCAUGGGCUGCGGAGGAUCUUUAAGGAGGCCCGGAAGGACAAAGGCCAGGAUGAUUUUCUGGGGAACGUGGUUCUGAGGCUACAGGACCUACGCUGCCAAGAGGAUCAGUGGUACCCUCUGGAGCCCUGCACCGAGACCUACCCCGACCGCGGUCAGUGCCACCUCCAGUUCCAGCUCAUUCACAAGCGGAGAGCCACCGCGGCCAGCCGCUCCCAGCCCAGCUACACGGUGCACCUCCACCUGCUGCAGCAACUCGUGUCCAACGAGGUCACCCAGCACCAGGCAGGCAGUACCUCCUGGGACGGGUCGCUGAGUCCCCAGGCUGCUACCAUCCUCUUUCUCCAUGCCACAGGGAAGGACCUGUCAAGGCUUCCAUCCAUGGCGCAGUGGCUGGCCUAUAGUCGUCUCUACCAGAGCCUGGAGUUCCCGAGCAGCUGCCUCCUUCACCCCAUCACCAGCAUCGAGUACCAGUGGAUCCAGGGCCGGCUCAAGGCAGAACAGCAAGAAGAGCUGGCUGCCUCGUUCCGCAACCUGCUGGCCUACGGCCUCUCCCUCAUCAGGAGGUUCCGGUCUGUUUUCCCCCUCUCUGUCCCCGACUCCCCAGCCCGGCUGCAAUCUCUUCUCAGGGUCCUGGUACAGAUGUGCAAGAUGAAGGCCUUUAGGGAGCUGUGCCCCGACAGCGCCCCCCUGCCCCGCCUGGUGACCGAGGCGCUGCGGACCGGCACCGUCGAAUGGUUCCACCUGAAGCAGCAGCACCAUCAGCCCAUGGUGCAGGGCAUGCUGCAGGCAGGCAAGGCCUUGCUGAGCCUGGUGCAGGACAUCAUUGGCGACCUACACCAGUGCCAGCGCACGUGGAACAAGAUCUUCCAGAAUGCCCUCAAGGUCAACCUCUUCUCCAUGGCUUUCCUGGAGCUUCAGUGGCUGGUGGCCAAGCGGGUACAGGACCACACGGCGGCGGUGGCGGGCAGCCCCGUGUCCCCGGAGGUGGGCGAGAGUCUAUUCCAGCUCUAUGUCAGCCUCAAGGAGCUCUGCCAGCUGGGCCCAGUCCCCGCAGAGAGGGAUGGCGUCCUGGCCCUGGAUGGCUUUCACCGCUGGUUCCAGCCCGCCGUCCCCUCCUGGCUGCAGAAGACAUACAGUGUGGCCCUGGCGCGGGUGCAGCGCGCUGUGCAGAUGGAUGAGUUGGUGCCCCUGGGUGAACUGACCAAGCACAGCACAUCAGCCGUGGAUCUGUCCACCUGUUUCGCCCAGAUCAGCCAUACUGCCCGGCAGCUGGACUGGCCCGACCCAGAGGAGGCCUUCAUGAUCACCGUCAAGUUUGUGGAGGAUACCUGUCGGCUGGCCCUGGUGUACUGCAGCCUCAUAAAGGCCCGGGCCCGGGAGCUCUCUGCAGGCCAGAAGGACCAGGGCCAGGCGGCCAACAUGCUAUGCGUGGUGGUGAACGACAUGGAGCAGCUGCGGCUGGUGAUCGGCAAGCUGCCCACCCAGCUGGCAUGGGAGGCGCUGGAACAGCGGGUAGGGGCUGUGCUGGAGCAGGGGCAGCUGCAGAACACGCUGUAUGCCCAGCUGCAGGGCGCGCUGGCCGGGCUGGGCCACGAGAUCCGCACUGGCGUCCGCACCCUGGCCGAGCAGCUGGAGGUGGGCAUUGCCAAGCACAUCCAGAAGCUCGUGAGUGUCAAGGAGUCUGUCCUGCCUGAGGAUGCCAUUCUGCCCCUGAUGAAGUUUCUGGAAGUGAAGCUCUGCUACAUGAACACCAACUUGGUGCAGGAGAACUUCAACAGCCUUCUGACCCUGCUCUGGACCCACACGCUCACCGUCCUGGUGGAAGUGGCCGCCUCCCAGCGGAGCUGCCCCCUGGCCUCUAGCAGGCUGAAGAUUGCACUUCAGAAUCUGGAGAUCUGCUUCUACGCAGAGGGCUGUGGCCUGCCACCUGAGGCCCUGCACACAGCCACCUUCCAGGCUCUGCAGAAAGACCUGGAGCUGCAGGCCGCUUCUAGCAGGGAGCUCAUCCAGAAGUACUUUUGCAGCCGGAUCCAGCAGCAGGCAGAAGCGGCUUCUGAGGAGCUAGGGGCGGUCACAGUCAAAGUCUCCUACCGCGCCUCUGAACAGAAGCUGCGUGUGGAACUGCUCAGCGCCUCCAGCCUGCUGCCCCUGGACUCCAAUGGCUCCAGCGACCCCUUUGUCCAACUGACCUUGGAGCCCAGGCACGAGUUCCCUGAGCUGGCCCCCCGGGAGACCCAAAAGCACAAGAAGGACCUUCACCCCCUGUUUGAUGAGACCUUUGAAUUCCUGGUGCCUGCUGAGCCGUGCCGGAAGGACGGAGCUUGCCUCCUGCUCACGGUGCUGGACCAUGACACGCUGGGGGCUGAUGACUUGGAAGGGGAGGCCUUUCUGCCACUACGCUCAGUGCCGGGCCUGACUGGGACGGAGGAGCCUGGCGAGGUGCCUCAGACCCGUCUGCCCCUCACCUACCCUGCGCUCAACGGGGAUCCUAUCCUGCAGCUGCUGGAGAGCCGGAAGGGUGAUCGGGAGGCCCAGGUGUUUGUGAGGCUGCGGAGGCAGCGAGCCAAGCAGGCCUCCCAGCAUGCCCCAAAGCCAGGGCGGUAGCAGUGGAGGUUGGGGAGGGGGCUGGGUGCCUGCAAGAUCUGGGUUCUCCCCACCAGCCUGGCCUAACAGUCCG